AAAAUAUACACAUGUUUGGACGUAUAUGAGUGUAUUUGUUGUGACGACAAUAAAUGCUUUAAUUUAGAUUCGAUGAUAAUAAAUUUUAAAAAAUGCUUCUGGAUGCCGCUCGUGCUUUCAAAUUAGCAGAGAUAGUGCAACAUGCAUUUAAAGCAUUGGCAAUUUUGCAGCUCACCGAAUACUUGUGGCCACAGCAAGCUAUUGUUCGUGAUGGUACUAAUUAUGACUUCAUAAUAGUCGGCGGUGGCACAGCAGGAUGCGUCAUAGCCAACAGACUCUCAGAAGUCGAGCACAUUAACGUUCUGCUCAUCGAAGCUGGUGAUGAUCCUCCUUUUGAAUCAGAUCUCCCUGCCGUUCCACUUAUAAUGCAACGAUCUCGCUAUGAUUGGAACUAUACCUCAAAGCUCGAUAGAUUUGAAGAAUCUUGUAGACGCACACCUUCUUAUGAAUUGACUUUGGGGAAAAUGCUGGGUGGUACCAGCUCCUUGAAUUAUAUGGUUUAUCAUAGAGGACAGCCCAGUGAUUACGACUCUUGGGCUGAAAUAGCCAACGACGCUACCUGGAAAUGGGAAAAUGUUUUACCAUAUUUUAUAAAAUCCAUCAAACUGAAUGAUGCAAAAAUUCUUCAGUCAGUUGAUAAGAAAUAUUAUGGAAUUGAUGGAUUACUACAAUUAACUAAAGACCGCCGUAAAAGAAUAGACGAGUUCUUAGAUGCCUACCGGGAACUUGGACAUGAUGUAGUCCUUGACUUUAAUGAAAACACUCCUUUAGGGUUUUCUGCACAGAUGUUCACAAUAGCUGGUAGAUCUCGCCAAAGUUCUGCUUAUGCAUUUUUAUCUCCAGUUAAAGACCGGCGUAAUCUUCAUGUGUUGAAAAAUACAUUAGUUACUAAAAUAUUGUUUGAUGAAAGCAAAAAAGCUGUGGCUGUAGAAGUUCUUACUGAAGAUCGUAAAACGAUGACAUUAAAAGCUAAAAAGGAAGUUAUUGUAUCCGCUGGAGUAAUCAAUACUCCUAAACUGCUUAUGUUGUCUGGUGUGGGGCCAAUGGAACAUUUGAAUUGUAAAAACAUUGAGGUGAUUUCAAAUUUACCUGUGGGUGAGAACUUGCAGGAACAUGUUGAUGUUAUUAUUGUCCACGAUAUAGAUAUUGGUCCGUUACCACCACCAACUCCUUAUGAACUAACAGGAUUCUCAUUCACAGGUUUUAUUUCACUGAACCAGUCUUCUAAAAUUCCUGAUUACCAACAAAUUACAUAUGUAACUUUGCCAGGCCCUGUAUUAUAUUAUUGUACUUUUGCAUUUAGAUUUAGUGAUGAAAUUUGCAAUAAAAUUUAUAAACAAGGUAUUAAAAGAGCCCAAGCGUACAACGAAAUAAUUAAUAUCAAUCCAAAAUCACGCGGGAAAGUACUCUUAAAAAGUACAGAUCCAGAAGACCCUCCUAUUAUUAAAAAUGGAUUUUAUUCAAAUAAAGACGACAUUGAAAGUCUAGUUGACUAUAUUUUGGAUUUUUUACGCGUCAUGAAAACAACUUAUUACCACAAAGUUGACGCAGUGAUGUCACAUGCCACUCCUAAGUGUAAUAAGUAUAGAAAAGAAUCUAGAGAAUUCUGGCGUUGUUAUAUUAGAUGUAUGUCAUCUGGAAUGAGUCAAAUAACCAGUACAUGUCCCAUGGGCACUGUUGUUGAUGGUAGACUACUAGUUCACGGUGUCAAAGAUCUGCGUAUAGCUGAUGCUAGUGUGAUGCCAACUAUUACAAGAGGGAAUCCAAUGGCGGCGGUUAUAAUGAUUGGAGAAAAAGCGUCUGAUAUGAUAAAACAGGACCAUAAUUUGAUCUAAAUGAAAC